AUGGAGAAAGUAGACAGCAAGACGACGAUUCAUCAACCGAAUUACCACUAUACGUCAUGGAAUUUCAGGUUUUACCUCAUUGUUUCGACCAUAGCACUGUGGUCUCUGCAUGCCCUGAUCCUGCGAUACACUAGAACCGUCCCCCCAGAGGUGCAUCCUCCGUACCUGUCGACGACGGUCGUAGUUCUAGCUGACUUUUCGAAGCUGAUCGUCGCCAGCUUCCUUCUGCUACGGGCGAAUCAAUUUGACUUGACACGAUUUCGGUACGAGCUACGGGAUGAGUUGUGGAAGAAGCCAUGGGAGCUGCUGAAAAUGUCAGUGCCUUCGCUGGUGUACACCAUUCAGAACAACCUAGAUUUCGUUGCACUCUCGAAUUUGAGUGCUGCGCUGUUCACGGUGCUCUCACAGCUGAAAGUAGUCACCACAGCACUUUUUAUGACGCUGAUGCUAGGCAGGCGGUUUUCGUUCGCACGAUGGAUUGCUAUAUUUUUUGUGUUCAUCGGUAUCUCGCUGGUGCUUAUCGACGCCUCGCCUUCGUCACACAAUGACACUCCGCUGAAAGAUGCCCUUGUUAAUGCCAGUCUUCCCGUCGCUUCCACCACCGGCAAGGGAAACUUCUUCGUAGGUGUCUCAGCCGUGCUGUUCAACUGCUUCCUAGCUGGCUUCGCAGGUAGAGGUACCUUUGCUAUUGCUGCCGGUACUAUCAUUCCUGCUCUCCUCAUUUCAGGUGUUUACUUCGAAAAGAUGCUGAAAGACUCGCACACCUCGCUGUGGAUACGAAACAUUCAGUUAUAUCUGGGAGGAGUCGUAUGCUCCGGCCUAAGCUGUGCUGCGUAUGACGGCCGAAUUAUCCAAGAGCAUGGCUUCUUUUAUGGAUAUCACUUCCUCGUCUGGAUGAUCAUCGGUUUACUCUGCUUUGGAGGCAUUUUCAUAUCGAUGGUAAUGAAAUACCUGGACAAUAUUCAUAAAAGUUUCGCCGCUGCUUCAUCGGUAUUGGUCGUCUCAUUAGUGUCAUACGUUUUCUUUGAUUCGUCUAUCGGCAUUAUGUUUUGUAUUGGUUCUUUUCUCGUUUGUUCUUCUAUUGUUGUUUAUAAUUACGUGCCAAGUUAA